AUGAUCAAUCAAACAGCCACGCUGCUCACUCGCUCACUUCGUCCCAGAUCAGCCUUGGUUGGUGCUGGUCUUGGCUACCGGCGUCGAUUCCUCACAACUGUCAAAUCUCCACUAAACGAAUUCUUCGUCGUCAUCUUCAACAAGAAGAACGCCAAAGAGUCAGGCCUAGCCCCGGCGCCUCAGACUAUCGAGUUCAAGGAGCAGGAUGUCAUCCUCACCUUCGCGGGCGACAUGAUGGCCUCCGCGGCGCUGACGACGAAUUCAGCGACGGCGAGAACCCUGGGGGCCUGCUUUGCGUGCCAGGCGCCCAGCGAGCAGGGAGUGUUGCAGGCGAUUCGCGCCCAUGAGAACACCGCCAAGGGGCUGUGGGAUAUUGAGUCGGUAGAGAUAUCUGCGUUGGAGACGAUUCACACUGGGGAUUAUGAGAGGACCCGGGAGUAG